CGGCGGGCGGAAGUGACGUCACGUGUUGUGGCUCGAGAGGGAGUUCGUAUGCGUGUUGGUCUCCUCACAGACUACAAUAACGCACAUAAAGCGCUUUCUGAGCUCCGGACUUCGUGUUUUCAGGUUUUAUGAGACCAGAAGCAAGAGUUUAAUUUGAGGAACAUGCCUGAAAUCAAACUCAAGCAUGUCGUGUCGUGCAGCAGUGAGGACAAUACUCACAAAGCGGAUAACCUCCUGAGCUCCGACACGUACAGAAAAUGGAAAGCUGCGAGACCUGGAGAGAAGCACGUUUCAGUCAUUCUUCAGCUGGAAAAGGAAGAGCAAAUUCACAGCAUAGACAUUGGAAAUGAAGGCUCUGCUUUCAUUGAGGUCCUUGUUGGACACUCCACGUCAGUCAAAGACCAAGACUUUGAGGUUUUUCUGGUCACAUCGUCCUUCAUGUCACCCACAGAGAGCCGUAACGGCACGAACACAAGCCGAGUGCGCUUCUUCGGGCCGAGCCAGCUGGUGAAGGCCACGGCGCAGGAGAAGUGGGACCGUGUGAAGAUCGUGUGCAGUCAGCCGUACAGCAAGUGCACAGUGUUUGGAGUCUCCUUCAUAAAGCUGCAGUCUCCUCCAGACGCUGACGAUGCUCCCGUCUCGACUCCUCCGAAACUCACUAAACUGGGUCAGUUCAGAGUCAAAGACGAAUCCCCUUCCUCUGGCUCUAGUGUCCAGCCGGGAAGCCUGUUCUUCAGCAGAGACGGCGGCACUGCUAAAACCAGCACAGGACUCAAGGUGUCUCCUCAGAACGUCAGAUUGAGUUACGCUGCUGCUGCUCUGAAAUCUGAAGGUUCGUCCACACCGUCGUCUUCCAGCAGCUCACAACAGGCUCCUGUGAAGAGGAAGUUUGAGUUCAGUAAAGAGUGUCUGGAAGCCGCCGGUCCGCCGCCCAAAAAGCCCAGUUCAUCUGGUUCUUCUGAGGCUAACUCUGCCACACCGAAGUCUAAAGCAAGAACCGGAGCAACUGCGAGGCCUGUCAGCAGCGCCUCUCCAGCCCAGAGGACAUCAGACAAGCGAGAGAGUCCUAAAUCCAAGCCAGAGCCCAAACCUAAACCUAAAGCCAAGUCUGCAGAACCGGUGCCUUUUAACCGCAUCAUGGAGGGAGUGGUGUUUGUCCUGAGUGGCUUCCAGAACCCCCUUCGCGGAGAGCUGCGGGACAAAGCGCUGGCCUUGGGAGCCCGAUACCGACCCGACUGGACCCCAGACUCCACACACCUCAUCUGUGCUUUCGCCAACACGCCCAAAUACAGUCAGGUGAAAGCAGCCGGAGGCGUCAUCGUCAGGAAGGAGUGGGUUAUGGACUGCCACAAAACAAAGCGGAAGAGUUCCUUCAAACGGUAUCUCAUGAACGGAGCCGAGUCCAGUUCGGAGACUGAAGCAGAAGAGGAUGAGAGCGAGGAGGAAACGCAGAAAGCGAAAACACCAGAAAAGAGGCAGCUGAACCCAAAAAAGCAGGCGAUUAAGGAAGAAGAGGAGGAGUAUGGAGGUUCAACGGAUGCUGAAGAUCCAGAGGGCGACGCGUCUGGCAUGGACACUGAAGAUGAGCUGAACAGGGUGAAGAUGGAGAGCAGGAGGAAGAAAGCAGCAAAGAAAAGCACAGUUCAGAUGAAAGAUGAAGAUCUGUACGGCGGCUCUACUGAUGAGAACACGGAUGCUGAGGAAGAGGAGGAUAAACCCAUCCCCGAACUGCCAGACUUCCUAACAGGAAAACGCUUCUAUCUUUACGGCAAGUUCCCUGACAACCAGAAAAGGCAACUUCAGCGCUACAUCAUCGCCUUCAACGGAGCUGUCGAAGACUACAUGAGCAAGAAGGUCCAGUUUGUCGUCACCAGCGAGGGAUGGGACGAAUCCUUUGAGGAUCGAUCUGUACGCUAUUUUAUCCGUCUUUCAAAGGCGUACUCUUCUGGUGACCGUUAA